UUAUUAAAUGAGAUAAUAAAAUAAUUUGUUGGUUUCGUUUCAAAUUUCCAUACUGGAUAUCUAGAAUUAAAACUCAGAAAAAUGAAUGUAUUUCGAGGAUUGGUGCUUCGGUUGCCGCGGUUGGAUGUUAUUACACACAGAGCCAUCGCAACAACAGUCCCCAAUUCUGCGGGGGAGAAGUGGCGAUUGCAGCAUGGCAAAGCUAGGUGUGGGAACGAAUAUGGUCCUUUAACAGAUUUACCUGAUUGGUCAUAUGUAGAUGGUCGUCCAGCUCCUUUAAAUAGAGGGCAAGUGAGGAGAAUCGAAGAAAGGAAACAAUUAGCUGAACAAAUUCGGGAGGGAAUAAGCGACCUACAAUUCGCUAUAGCCAAUCAUGAGUAUCGGACAAAGAAACAACAAGAUGAAAGACAAGCAAUAAAAGACAGUAAAUUCAAACCUAAAAGACGAUCAAACAAAAAUACAAGGACUUGA